AUGGCUUACGCAGCGAAAUUUGGCAAAAAACGCAAGAAGCAGUCGGCUGACGACGCGUGGGCCGGCGAAGAGCCGGCUGCGGUCGCGGCACCGGCGCUGGGUGAACGCUCGCGCUCUCGCUCGCGCUCGCGGGACCGCGGCCGCCGCCGCCGGUCGCGGAGGGAGCGCGCAGACGAGGAGGGCGGUCGCAAGCCGCCGCCGCCGCCGUGGCUCGCGGACGGGCGGCCCGCGAGCCUCGACGCCGAGGUCCGGCGUUUCGCCGCGUGGGCGCGGCCGACGCACGACGAGCGGCGCGCGCGGCGCCUCGUCGUCAAGCGCGUCGAGGACGCCGCGCGCGCCGUCUGGCCCCGCGCGACCUGCAGCGUCUACGGCAGCAGCGACACGGAGAGCACGUGGUUUCUCAGCGACCUCGACCUGCGCGUCGCGCCGAACGAGGCCAUGACGUUUUUGAGCCCGAGCUACGCCGUCGAGGAGCUCGCCGAGGCGCUGCGGGAGCGGUCCGCGUUAUUUGGGCGCGUCGAGAGCCGGCCGCGGGCGCGCGUACCCAUCGUCGUGCUGCAGGACCGCGCGACGCGCGUCUCGUGCGACGUGAGCUUCGCCGACGACGGCGGGCCUCCAGUCGCCGCCGCGCCGGCGCACGCCGAUCACGGCGACCUCAUGGUCUUCCUGAAGGCGUUGCUGCGCGACCGCGACCUCGCGGCGCCCUGCGUGGAAAUCGAAUUUCGGGCGCCCCGCGCCAUCUUCAUGAUAUUGUCUCCGUAGCUGCGUCUGCGCGAUGGCGUGGAGUUUCCAGGCCAUCGACGCGACAUUGUCGCCGUGACCGCGUCGGCUCGAUGUAACCCCACUCACUGGUUGAUUCCACACAGGCGGCGCCGUUCACGGGCGGGCUUGGGUCGUUUCGAACCUCGCUGCUGCUCGCGACGUACCUCGGACGGCCGGAUCCCGACGUCGGCUUGCUCCGGGGUUUUCUGGAGAGGACGGCCGGGCGCCGCGGCGGCGGCCUCACGGCGAACUUGUCGAUCCGCGGCGUCGGGUACGGGGGCGUCGACGUGGGUCGCGUGCGGAGGGCGUUGAGCGACGCGCUCGGAUCCGAGUCGCUCGCGGGCAUGCUGCUCGACGUCGACGGCCUCGUCGCGCUGCGCGAGGACUCGUCGCGGCGCGCCGCGGAGGCCUGCCGGUCGGCGCCGCGCGGCGCAGCGAUCCCGCCGCCUACGUGCUAUGCGCCGCUCGAGCCGGCGGAGCCCGAUUUGUUUGGGCGGGACUAAUCUUGUUUGAUGUGGUGA